CACAAAGCAGGCAAACACAAAGUGAGCAAGCACAAAGCAGGCAAGCACAAGGUUGGCAAGCACAAGAUGAGCAAGCACAUGAUGGACAAGCACAAAGCAGGCAAAUACAAAGUAGGCAAGCACAAGAAGAGCAAGUGCAUAGUGGGCAAGUACAAAGCAAGCAAGCACAAAAUGGGCAAGCAAAUGGCAGACAAAAACAAGAUGGGCAAUGA